UUUCCAGGAUCAGCUGAUCUUCCUGCGCUCAGACUACACAGCAGCCGAGGAGUUUCCGUGUGUGUUUAUACCCGCACGUCCCCCCCACCGCCACUCCUAUGCGUCUGAUACACAACCGCCGUCGCUGCCUGUGUGCACGCGGGUUGUGCUGUAUCUCCAUGGCAAUGCAGAGGACUUGGGAUUGGCUACAGAGUUCUUUGAGGAGCACAUCUGCGACGAGAUAAACAGCCAUGUGUUCAUUGUGGAGUAUCCAGGGCUGCAGGGUAUGGCACAUGUCUGGACGAUGAGCCCAACAGCCGAGGAGUUAAGCAGCACACGUGGACUGCCUAUCGGUUUCUACUGA